UUUCUGUUUUUGUUUUUGUUGUUUGAUUGUUUUCUGUUUAAUGUCGUUUGUUUGUCGGGUGCUUUCUUCGGGUCUGUUCUAUGCCAGUUUCUUGCUGGAAGUUGAAUGAUAUAUGUUUUGUUGGUCUUUCAAAAAAUUACUUAAUUUGUGUGACCGAACAAAGUGAACGAGUUUAAUUUUCUGCAACAGUUUGACUUGCAGUAGUUUGACUUUUCUAUGCAACAGUUUGACUUAAUUACCUCUGCCAAAGUUGUGCUGUCAUUGGGCAGCAGCUACGGUGGCAUUAAUUCUGCCAUUACUCUUCUCCAAUUUCCCACAAUAUAUCCAUCCCUCCAUACAUGCACUGAACUCUCCAUCAAUACCCCAACUACAAAUCUCUUCAUCUUCCUCCAUAAAUCUCACUGUUCCACUCUACAUUUCAUCAAUGGCAAACAAGAUGUUGCAACUUCUUACUCUGUCCAUUAUUACUUCUCUUCUACUGUUUGAUCAAACUCAUACUUAUAACUUGAACCCUGCUACCAAUUUACAAAUUCUUCUGGAUGUUAAAACAUCUUUUACCCAAGACCCACAAAAUGUUCUCCAUAAUUGGUCAGAUAAAAACCCAAGUUACUGCAACUGGACUGGUGUCACAUGUGAUGAUGAUAAGUUUACUCAGGUGGUGGGUCUUAACCUCUCCGGUGCAUCACUCAGUGGCUCGAUCUCACCGUCGAUUUCGCUUCUACAUAAUCUCAUCCACCUUGAUCUUUCAUCAAAUCAGCUUUCUGGUCCAAUCCCAUCUAAUAUUUCCACUCUUACCUCCUUGUCAACUCUAUUUCUGUUUUCCAACAAACUUUCGGGUCACAUUCCGGUAGAGCUCGGUUCGCUUUACAGUCUUCAAGUUCUCCGUAUCGGUGAUAACCGCUUCACUGGCCCUAUCCCCGCUUCGUUCGGUGAUCUCCGGAACUUGGUGGUUCUCGGUUUGGCCUCUUGUAGUUUCUCCGGACUGAUACCGCCACAGCUCGGAAGACUAUCUAGGCUUGAGAAUCUGGUUAUAGAAGAAAAUAAUUUGGAGGGACCGAUCCCGCGUGAACUUGGAAACUGUUCGAGUCUAGUGGCGUUUCGGGCUUCGGUUAAUAAUCUUAACGGUUCAAUUCCGGAUGAGUUGUAUGAUCUCGAAAACCUUCGGACGUUGAAUUUGGCUAAUAAUAGUUUAUCCGGAGAGAUCUCAAGCAGGAUAGGCGAGUUGAGUCAGCUCGCCUAUCUGAAUCUGCUUGGGAAUCUGCUUGAGGGACAGAUUCCCAAGUCAGUUUCGGGGCUCAGGAAUCUAUGGAAUCUGGAUUUGUCAGCAAAUAAGUUAAGUGGUGAAGUCCCUGGAGAAUUGGGGAACAUGGGUCAACUGGUGUACCUAGUACUAUCGAACAAUAGUCUUUCUGGUACGAUUCCGAAGAAUAUAUGUUCCAACACAAACAAAAGUUUGGAACAUCUGGCGAUUUCGCAGAACUCGAUUUCGGGUGAAAUUCCCAGAGAAUUGGGAAACUGCGUGUCGUUGAAGUAUCUUGAUUUGUCGAAUAAUACACUCAACGGGUCCAUACCGAUGGAGCUUUUCGGGUUGGUCAAGUUGACUGAUAUGAUGCUGAAUAACAAUACAUUGACGGGUUUAGUUCCACCCGCGAUAGCGAAUCUCAGCAGUUUGGUGACACUGGCGCUGUUUCAGAACAAGUUGAGUGGCGAGUUACCAAAAGAAAUCGGUAUGCUUCAGAAGCUCGAGAUUCUGUUUCUGUAUGACAAUCAAUUUUCGGGACAAAUCCCGUUGGAGAUAGGCAACUGCUCCAGCUUAACAAUGGUUGAUUUUUAUCGAAAUCAUUUCAGCGGUGAAAUUCCGGUUACUUUCGGGCGGCUCAGCCAGUUGAAUUUCAUUCAUCUAAGACAAAACAAGCUCUCCGGAGAGAUCCCCGCGACUUUCGGUAACUGCCAUUGGCUGACCGUUAUAGACCUGGCUGACAACAGUCUCACCGGUCGAAUUCCCGCCACGUUUGGGUAUCUAAGCUCGUUAGAACAGUUGAUGCUUUACAAUAACUAUUUAGAAGGCAGUCUCCCUUUACAGCUAACCAACAUUGCCAGUUUUACGAGAAUAAACCUCUCCAACAACAAACUGAACGGCAGCAUCGUUCCAUUGUGUAGUUCGGGAUCGUAUCUCUCGUUUGAUGUCACCAACAAUGAGUUUGAUGGUGAGAUUCCAUCCCAGUUCGGGAACUCACCCUCUCUUCAAAGGCUAAGGCUCGGAAAAAACCGAUUCACAGGAAGAAUUCCACCUGCAUUGGGGAAAAAUCAACAAUUGUCACUCUUGGAUUUAUCAAACAAUCGGCUCACGGGUUCUUUACCUCGUGAGCUUUCGAUGUGUAAACAGUUAACUCAUGUUGAUCUCGAUAACAACUCCCUUUCGGGCUCACUCCCCCCAUGGCUCGGAGACUUGCCGCUUUUGGGUGAGUUAAAGCUCUCAUCCAACAACUUUACGGGGUCGCUUCCCUUAAACUUAUUCAACUGUUGGAAACUUUUGGUCCUUUCACUCGAUUACAAUUCGCUUACCGGCAACCUCCCCGAAGAAAUCCGCAAACUUACGUCGAUUAAUGUCCUAAAGUUGAACAAGAAUCAGCUUUCGGGACAAAUCCCAGAAGCUAUAGGGACGUUAAGCAAACUCUACGAGAUCCAGCUCUCGAGCAACAAUUUUAGCGGCGAAAUCCCGCCUCAAAUCGGGCAACUAAAGAAUUUACAGAGUGUUCUAGAUCUCAGUUACAAUAAUCUGACUGGCAGCAUCCCGGUCUCACUCGGAACACUUGUGAAACUCGAGGUGCUAGACCUCUCGCAUAACGGUUUAACGGGACCCGUUCCAAGAGAACUCAGUCGGAUGAGUAGUUUAGGGAGGCUUAAUCUCUCCUAUAACAAUCUUCAAGGGAAGUUAGACGACGGGUACUCGCAUUUACCGAUUGACUCAUUUGUCGGGAAUCUUCGCCUUUGCGGGCUUCCUCUUGAUCCUUGUCGGGGCACCAUCCAUCAUCGAAAUGGGUGGAGUCCGGCAUCUGUUAUUGCAAUCUCGGUUUUAUCCACCGUAGCGGUUAUUGCACUAAUGUUUAUUACGGCCAUCUUAUUGUUUAGAACCAAGAGGUCAGGGUUUAAUCGAGGUGGAGACGUGUCCAGCGCAUAUUAUUUUUCCUCGCCUUCGUCUCGAACGCGAAGACCGUCGUUUUUCAAAUGGGGUUCGACCCGAAGUGAUUUCAGAUGGGAAGACAUCAUGGAGGCGACGAACAAUCUAAGUGACGAGUUCAUAAUCGGGUCAGGAGGGUCGGGAACAAUCUAUAGGGCGGAAUUUGUAACGGGUGAGAUAGUAGCUAUUAAAAGAAUACGGUGGAAAGAUGAUGUGUUUAUUGAUAAAAGUUUUGCCCGAGAAGUGAACACAAUUGGCCGGAUAAAGCACAGACGGUUAGUGAAGUUACUCGGUUAUUGCUGCAACAAAAUGGCGGGAUCGAACUUGUUGAUCUACGAGUACAUGGAGAAUGGGAGUGUGUAUGAUUGGCUGCACCGGGAGCAAGAAAACGUCAAGAAACGAGAGACGCUAGACUGGGAUACAAGAUUGAACAUCGCGGUCGGGUUAGCUCAGGGUGUAGAGUACCUUCACAAUGAUUGUGUGCCUAUGAUCAUUCACCGUGAUAUCAAGUCGGCUAACGUUCUUCUUGACAUAAACAUGAACGUGCAUUUGGGAGACUUCGGGCUUGCAAAAGCCAUGACCGGGAACCAUGACUCGAUGACUAGCAACUCGAAUACGUGGUUUGCAGGGUCGUACGGUUACAUCGCUCCAGAAUACAUUUACUCCUUCAAGGCGACCGAUAAAAGCGACAUCUACAGUAUGGGGAUUGUGUUGUUGGAACUGGUGACGGGGAGAAUGCCGACCGCAGGAACUUUUGGUGAAAAUGUGGAUAUGGUGAGAUGGGUGGAGUCGCGUAUUGAAAUGCAAGGACCAGAACGCGAGGAACUAAUAGACACGCGUUUAAAACCACUUUUACCACAAGAAGAAAAUGCUGCUUUUCAAGUUCUUGAAAUUGGACUUCGGUGCACAAGAAGCGCUCCGGCUGAGAGACUGUCUUCUAGGCAGGCGUGUGAUCUUCUCAUGCGUGUGUUAAAGGACCGGGAAUUGAAUGCCGAAAAGAUAAGUUUAGAUUAGUACGCUUAGCUUCAUGAAUGAAUGUAUCCAGGUUAGUUUCAAAUGCAACAAAGAAAACCUAUCACAAAUAUUACUGUUUGAGUUUAACAUCCCUAAAUUCUUA